GUAGUGCAUAUCGUGUUCGUGUUACAUACAAUAAUAUAUAUUUUAUUAAAUCAAAAUUUUACCAAUCAUCAAAGAUGGCGGAGCGUCAGCUGCAACCUCUAACGAUGCUAUUAGAGAAAAAUAAUAUAAAAGUAAUAUUUGCUACGCAAUCAGAAAGUCGAAAAAAAGCCUUGAGGGAAAAGGGUCUCGGCUUUGUUGAGUACAUAAAUCCUGACUGUGACGAGUAUACUGAAGAAACGGAUCCCAAAAAAUAUGUGAUAGAGGUCGCUCAGAAGAAGGUCCACGCUGUCUCGGAAAAGCUCAAGAAGCAGACAGGUGCAGUCAACACCAUAAUAAUAGGCGCUGACACCGUCGUCACCAUCGAUACGUAUGAUAACGUCAAACAAAUAUUGACUAAACCAAAAGAUAAAUGCGAUGCAAUAUCUAUGCUAAAAAGACUAUCAGGCAAGAAAAACGUUGUCGUAACUGGAUUCGUAAUAUUGAUGCCUGACGGUAAGGAAAUCCCCGACCAUGUGGAAACCAGUGUGGAGUUCGGGAAUCUGACUGACGAACAGGUGCACUAUUAUGUGGAGAGUGGUGAACCGAUGAUCUGCGCUGGAGGCUAUGCAAUUCAAGGUCUGGCCGGUACCUUCAUAAAAGGCAUCGAAGGAGACUACUUCAGCGUCCUGGGUGCGCCUGUUUAUAAGAUCUGUGAAAAACUGUACCAGUAUCUAGCCGAUCCGGAGAGUGUAUACUAGUACCUACUGCUGAAAAAGUAAAUUUGGGACUGAGUCUAAUGUAUGACUUGAUUACA